CAUUGCCCAUUGGAUCGCUUAGUAUUUGCUGCUUGUCUUUGUCCUUUGUAUUUGGGGACUCGUGAAGCUCGAUACAAUGCUCCAAAAUUGCUUGUUAUGGGGACCACUAAGACCAAAGAUUUUGGAGGAUAUUCCAAGAACCCUAUUCAACUAAGCAUUGGAAUCAUCUACAUUUUUGUCUUAAAGUCUCAAACUUGGGUAAAUCAUUUUUCUUGGUAAGUUGGAAUGCAUAAGCCUCAACCCUGAAGACUCUUUAAGCAUGCCAAGCCCAACUCUGAAACCAGUGCUGCAAACAAUGUCGUCUGCCCGGGUUCGUGAGGUUAUCAGGCAGUGCCUCUCUGAGGCGCAGUCAUCAGACUUUCAUGAAGCGGAGCAAAAAGCUCUUCAGACCCUAGUUUCCAUCACCAAGAUUCUCUCAUUGUCCAUCCUCUUCAACCUCUCCCUCAACCCUGAUCUAAAGCAAUCUCUUGCAGAUAUCGAAACCAUUCACCACCUGAAUUCCAUAAUUGCCACCUUGAACUCAGAAGAGUCUGGCAGAGUUGCUUCGUCUCUGGUUUGCAGUUUGGCAAUGCUUGACAAGAACAAGGCCAAGUUUGGGGUGGCAGGCACCAUCCAGUUGCUUGUCAAGGCCAUUGCCGGUCCCCGCUGUCCUGCUGCUCAUCACCUCCUUAGCUCUCUAGCCGAGCUUGUCCGGUUCCAUGGGAACUGCACACUGGCAGUGAGAGAAGGAGCUGUUCAAGCUCUUAUCCAAGUGGUGGAGAGCACCGAUGGCGAGGAUCUAGCUGGAACUUCUCUUCUGGUUCUAGCCCUUCUUGCAAGGUUCGAUGAAGGAUUGAAUGCUCUGAGAAAAACUGACCAGAUUGUGAGUAAGAUGGUAGAUGUGUUGAAGGGGAGGUGCAUGCUGAGCAAGGAGGGUGCAGCUGAAAUCCUGCUUCUCCUGUUUGAGGAAAGUGAGGGCUGUGUGAGAGAUGCUUUGAGGCUGCCGGACUUCUCAACUUUGAUAGCUGAUAUUUCAGUCAGAGGAUCGGCUCGAGCUCGAGAGAAGGCGGCUUUGCUGCUGAAGAAGAUCAUGGAUGCUGACUUGGAUUCUUAUGUGGAUGCAAACCCCAUGUUUUCGCAGUGGUAGUAACUGGUAGCAGAGAGAGAGACAGCUAUUAUUAGUUUUGGAGUUUAUGUUAUGUCCCUUUGUUCAGACUUUGUUUUACAGAAGGUGCUUGAUAAUGUGAGAGA